ACCUUUAGUAUUCUCGGACCAUAUGUCAUUGUAAUACAGUCUUUCGAUUAAGAGUUAUUUUAUUUCAAGUACUAUUGAUAGUAUUUUUGAGUAAAACUUACAUUUAAAUACAUGAACCUUAUUUAUUUUCCUUAUAUUUAUUUUCAACGUUAUAUCGGAAUAAUUUCUACCAGAAAAUACUUUAACUGCUGUAUAAAAACAUGAAAGGAAGUGUUUUAGUAUUAGUUUUAUUAUUUUUAGACAUUACAAAAAGUGAUCGUGUAGCAAAAUUUAGUCUCUUAAUGCCGAAUGUGAAACCAACUACUCCAGAAUCGUACCUAUGUACCCCCUUCAAAGUGGAUACAGCAAAUACUUACUAUAUUGUUGGAUUUGAACCAAACGCAACUAUGGAUACCGCUCACCACAUUAUUAUAUACGGUUGUUCUAAGCCUGGAACUGACAAAGUACAAUGGGAUUGUGGAGAAAUGUCAGCUUUGAGUUUCAACUCAAUAGAGAAUAAAGGAGCAUGCCAAGGCGAGUCUGAAGUAAGUAAUAAUUUAAUAUCAUCCAUUUAAAC